GCUGCACCGACGAGAUCUGGUCGCCGCCUUCCGUGCCUUCUCCUGGGCGAGCUGAGUCAAGGGCCCGUGCCUCGGACUCCUGCGUCCACCGCGGGGUUGGUUGGGGUGCUUGACGUGGCACGAACAGCCAGCGGCCACAUGAAUGGGUGCCAGCGGUGACCGAUGCCGGACAAUGGGGGACGACAUUGGGCGAUUACGCUUGCAGCUGCUGCUUUCACCUGAGUGGACGAUGGGGCGUCACGGAGCUCGAAGAGCCGCCCUUGUCCAUACGCGAGCGUUAGAGGGCGGCAUAGUGGGCGAGCUCCUUGUCUGCCGAUGCGGAGCUCGAGUCCUCCUUCACGAGCCCAGCCUAGACGACUGGGUCCGGCUCGAUGCCAGGGACGACCUUGGCGGAAGGGGAGCGGUCGAGAGUGUUGUUUAUGUGGGAAUGGGGUUGGCCAGCAUGGGCUGCAGCCGGCUACUAGUCAAGAUUGUUCGUAUGCGAAGAAAAAUUCCAUUCAAUAAGUCGCGGCCCGAGAGAACACGUGGAGAUAGCAAGUGGCUCAACUUGCUGACAACAAGCAUGGUAAUCAUUUGUGUUUGUUUCUCUAUCGGAGGAAGCAAUAACAUGGAAAAUGUACAUGCAGCGCCAAGGGUUCUGUCGUUCCGGUUAUUGAAUGAAAUUACAAAAGGUUUCUCUACGGACAUGAAAAUUGGCGCAGGUUCAUACGGAAAUGUUUAUAAGGGAGAGCAUACAACUGGGGAAAUUAUUGCUGUGAAGGUGCUUCAUUACAUUCCAGGAAUUGAUGAUGAGCAAUUUGAGAAGGAGUAUCACAACCUUGCAACUCUACGGCACAAAAAUAUUGUGCGGUUACUUGGCUAUUGCCAUGAAACUAGGCGAGAAUUUCUGCCUUACAAUGGAAAACUGGUUUUUGCUGAGAUGACACAGAGAGCCCUUUGCUUUGAGUAUAUGCAAAAUGGAAGCCUUGAUGGUUGUCUUACUGAUGAAUCUACUGGACAUGAUUGGUGCACACGCUACGCAAUAACUAAGGGGAUUUGUCAGGGUCUGAACCGAUUUUGGCUUGUCAAGGCUCUUCAGAGGAGAACAAACACAAAUGACCAAAAGUGCUGUAGGAACACUGUGCAUGGGAACUGGAAGAACAAGCUACAGACAAGAUCAGUUUACACGCUGGAGCGUCAUUCCAAACAAGUGAAGAGAUGUAUCGAAAUAGCUUUAAGCUGUGUGGAUGCCGAUCGACACCAAAGGCCGAGUAUAGGUGUAAUCAUCAGUAUGCUGAAUGAGACCGAGACUGCGCCGCGAUUUCGGAGACCAAGGGUCGACGAUAUACAAGGAGCAGAUGAGCCUGGGCACCGAGUUGGAUAUCCGCCACUUAUAGAUAUGCUAAGAAAUACAAGAAAACUAGUAAUGAAUAAUGAAGAUGAACCAAGAAAACAAAGAACACUGAGCGUGCAGCUGGCGUUCAAGCACUGCAAAAGGGCCCCACUGAAAGAGUGUAAAAUAAAGGUGAUGCUGGAGCUCACCGGUGGCGACAGCACCAGUGACCGGCCGGGCCUGGACCUGGUGCUCGUCAUGGACGUCAGUGGCAGUAUGGAGGGCGAGAAGCUAGACCAAGUAAAGACCGCCAUGCGGUUUGUCGUACAGAAGCUCAGCCCCAUCGACCGACUCUCCAUUGUCACAUUCUCUAAUAUCGCCACCAAGCUCUGUCCGCUGCAGCAGGUCACCGAGGCCUCGCAGCGGCAGUUGCAGCAGCUCAUCGACAGUCUUGUGGCCCAGGGCGCCACCAACAUAAUUGACGGCCUCCGGACCGGGGCCAAUAUCCUUACCGACCGCAAGGUGAGCGACGGUCGCGUCGCCAGCAUCAUGCUCAUGUCUGACGGUCACGUCCAGGACACUGGCGGUGCUGGCCUGAUCAUGGCCGUAGCCCAGUGCCUCGCCGGGCUGCUUACGGUCGCGAUUGAGGAGCUCGAACUGAAGAUGGAAUGGGUCAUUGGCGAAUUACAUAUAGUUAAGGUGAACUCUGGGAAUCUAAAGUCCUACGGCGGCAAGGGUCACGAGCGCGUAAGCUUUGGCAACCUCUACAGCAGAGAAGUUCGCAGGGUCAUUGUUGAACUUCUUCUACCGGCAAUCGACAGCGAGCGUAGCACGGAGAUCGAAGUCACGCUGGUACGCUCUUCAGGGAGGCCAGAGUUCAUCAGCAUGCCUCCUAAGACAAUGAGUGUGUGGCGCACCAGCAUGGAGGUCUUCGAGGAGGAGAUGCCGCCAGAGUUACUGAUGGAGGAGGCCCGUUUGCACGCGGUGGAAAUGCUUCACCAGGCGAUGUACCUGGCGGAGGACAUGAGAGACCUUGGCAGUGCCAAGGCUCUGCUAGUGGAGGCCCAGAACAGGGAGCGCUGCAUCCCGGAGCUCAGGACCGAGCUGCAGGGGAUCAUCGAUCUGUUGGAAGCGCCAGAAUCGUACGCCAAGCACGGCCAACCGUACACGGCGUCCUCGUCUAUUUCGCACCGCCUGGAGCGUUACGCGGCGAGGGGCAACAUGGAGACCAUGCGGCUCUUUGCAACGCCACGCAUUGAUGAGUACCUAGAGCAGGCCAAGAAGUUCCACGAUGACCCUACGAUACCACUGCCGUCUACGGAUGACGAUGUCCAGCAGGAGGUUGGUGUUCUUAACAUUAAUGUUGCCAGUAGGGCUGAGGAGAUGCGGAGAUUGAGCUUGGAAAUAAUGGUCUAAUUAAGCAGCCAUGCAGACUAUCAAGAACCACAGCAGCAAAUGUAGAAACAAACUGGUUACAUGUCCUCUGAAAAUUUUUAGUGAAGGAAAUGUGAUUCUGAUCAUUCA